AUGGCAACAGAUGCGAAUGACCCUGAGAUUACUGCUCGUGCUACGCUUGCUCUUCUCGAAACGCGUCUUCAUCGAUUAGAAUUCUUACUCACCGGUUCAAGCAAUGAAGAUGGUGUUCCGCAUCCCACCACCAAACCCGCACAUAGUAGGGAGACGGUUUGGGCGAAACUGGAUGCUCUAGAGGCUGAACUGGGUAAAUUGAAGAAGGUGAAUGGUCCUGCCGGGACAGUUGUACGCGACCUAGACCGACUAUGUGGGCGAAGCAUCCUGAAGACAUCACAUCUCUCUGACGUCCAGCUGAUGAAGGCCUUAGAUACUAUGUUCCCGGACCUGUUCGCUUCCGUAACAACCACUUCAGCAAUACCCAAAUCGGAAGAUUUGAGCACGCUCGCCUCUAUUGUGCUCUCACAUGCGACCUUAUUCCCCGAGACCGCAUCAAGAUUGUCUUCCCUACAAACACUACAAGUUCCUCGGGGAGAACAGAGCGUGAAAUUGAUAUCUUUAAUCCCUAGACUGGAUAAAUGCCAAGAAGAUGAACAACAUAUACAAGAUGAGGUCCGUGAGCUUCGAGAGCGCAGUGCAAGAUGCUUGGAUUGGUGGGUGAAGACUGGAGUCAUCGGGAUGGGCGAUUUGUGGGAGAACUGGGAAAGGAGGAUUACGCAAGUCGAGAGAAGUGUCAUUCGUUUCGAGAGACGAGCAAAAGAAGAACAAGGAUACCUCUGA